AUGUCAGCGGAUCUGUUUGCCGAGUUCAGCCAAGGGAAUGCUGAUCAGAUUCCGACCACGCAAUCAACUCAACCACUGUACCAUGGUGCAGUCAGCGCUCCGGCACAGCAAUAUGCUGUUCAUGCGGGGAGCAACGAUAAAAAGGGCUACUUGAGCGGCAGCCCGUCAUUGAACUCUUUCCAUUCGCCUCAGCAAUGGUCGUCUUUCCCGGCGCAGCCGUCGUGGUCGUCGCCCGCAGCAGCACCGCAACCGCAAAAUGUCGCGGAUGAAGACGACGGGUGGGGUGAUUUCGAGGUAGCAGAGCCAGACGCUCCUCAGCCGAGCCAAAUAGAGCAAACCUAUCAACAACCUCCUGCGCAGACGAUAGCAUGGCCAGGCACGACGACUGCUCAAACGGGGAGCAUGCCGGUGACGUCGGAUCGUCCUGCUGGCAAUGCAGCCCCGUCAUUUACGUUGCCAGCUCAAGCACGGCAAGCUCGCGGGUUUCCAGAAAACACAUUGUCGAGUCCCUCGCAAACAGCUCUCCGAGAUACGCAAGGUACACAGCCGCUACCACAGCCCAAGCGGAGGAAUCCGGUACCGUCGCAGGACAACGACCCAGGCGUGCUGUUUGACGCCGCAGACUUUGAAUUAGAAGACGGGGAAUUCGCGGGGGAGAGCGAUGAUGAAUUUGGCGAUUUUGAAGCUUUCCAGCAGCCAUCUACAACGACAAAACCGGCGCCCCGAAAAGAGGCGGCGUCUGCUCGAGCACCGCCACAACCUUCCAUGCCGUCUAUGGAUCUUCUAUCGCUGGAUGACCCUAUUCCGGCGCAGGAGAGUCGGCAAGAGCCGCAUACUUCAAGCGCCAGCGGUGCGCUACACUUUGGGGCUUCAAUACCGGCUAGUUCAGAACCCAAGAGAUCUUCAAUACAAGACCUGAACUGGACGCAAUUCGAGACACACGCAGCGUCGACCAAGACGCAGAAGAUAACACAACCGAAGACUCAGCCGAAGGGGCAAAAUAAAACCAAUGUGUCAGUACCAAAAUCGGCAAACUCAUGGGCGACGGCUAGCAAUGAUGAGGAAUGGGCCGCUUGGGACGAUGAGCCGAGUCUACCCAGCACCAGCGGGAGGGCGAUGGACACGAUACCUGAUCCGUCCUCGUGGGAUUGGAAUUCGACAGAUACCCCGGCACAAAACACAACUACGUCUUCAGACAAUACUUUGAUACAAAACACAGCUACAUCUUCGGACGAUACUGCACCGCCCGUCAAUGUGCCACCUCCAUCCGUUCUGCUCUCGCUCUUCCCCGAGCUGUUGGGCUCCGGAAGCGCCCUCUUCAAAUCGACAUUGGGGCUAAGCGGCAGUGUCAAGGAGAAGAUCCUGUCCGAUCCCAAAGCGGUGCAGUUUCUACAAGGCUACCUCUCACUCGCGACGACAGCGGCGCGCAUCAUAGCCGGCCGAAAGCACCGGUGGCACCGCGACAAGAUCUUAGCCAAGAGCAUGUCCAUAUCCGCGGCCGGCAGCAAAGGCAUGAAGCUGGCGGGCGUGGACAAGACACAAGCGGCGCGCGAGGACCGCGAGGCGGCCGACGUGGUGGCCGUGUGGCGCGAGCAGGUCGGGCGGCUGCGGUCGGUGGUGGCGGCGGCCCAGGCCGGCCUGCGGGUGCCGGAGCUCAGCGAGACGUUGUCGGCGCACACGGCCAAGAUGGUGGGCACGGCGCGCAAGGCGUGCGUGGUGUGCGGGCUGAAGCGGGACGAGCGCAUCGCCAAGGUGGAUUUUGAGGUGGAAGAUAGCUUUGGCGAGUGGUGGGUAGAGCAUUGGGGACACCGGGCGUGCAAGAAUUUCUGGUUGGAGCAUGAAAAGAGUCUGCGGCAGCGGUAA